CCGCAAAGUAUGGAUGUCGAAAAAGGAAGGGUAUCGGACAACGGUGUUAUCGCACCGGCGUCUGACCAGGAGAGCGUGCGACUAGAGUCGGGCUCUCGGGCAGGACGGAAGUCCGGGUCCGGGGACUCGACCGGCCGGGACAGGGCAGGCUUUCUGCCAACUAUACUCCGGUUUCUCAACCGGGCCGAGGCUCGAGGAAUCGCCCCCGUUCCCGUCGAGGAACGAACGGAAAAACGGACUUUUAACGUCUUCACCCUCUGGUGGACGAUGAACGCCAACAUCCUGGCAAUCACGUUUGGCAUGUUGGCGCCAUCCUUUGGCCUGGGUUUGCGCGAUGCCUCGCUUGUCAUCAUUUUCUUCUCCCUGUUGACCGCUGCUCCGACGUCCUACCUCUCCACUCUGGGUCCCAAAACGGGCAUGCGACAGAUGGUCCAAGCCAGAUAUAGCUGGGGACGCUAUCUUGUCACCCUGCCUGUCAUCCUGAACCUGGCAACCCUGACCGGGUUCUGCGUGGUGAUGGCGGUCAUCGGGGGCCAAUGUCUGUCUGCCGUUGCCGGUGAAGGCUCCCUGACGCCAAACGUUGGGAUCGUCAUCAUGGCGCUUCUGUCACUCUUCAUAUCCUUUUGCGGCUUCAGGGUACUCCAUUACUAUGAGAGAUGGGCGUCUAUCCCUGCCGUUAUCGCCAUCAUUGUCGCGACUGGCUGCGGCGGCGAAGGUUUGAAGCUGCAGUCGACCCCGCCUGUCACCACUGUCGCCUCGGUGUUCUCGUUCGGCAUGAUUGUGGCAUCAUACAUGAUCCCCUGGGCUGCCUUGGCUUCGGACUUUACCACGUAUCUGGAGCCUUCCACACCUGCCAUCAGAAUCUUCGCAUAUAGCUUCGCAGGUCUGGUAACCCCACCCGUUCUACUCAUGAUCCUCGGAUCUGCCAUCGCAGGCGCCGUCCCAUCAAACCCCGCAUGGGAGGCCGGAUACGAUCGCAACCUGGUAGGCGGCGUGCUCGACGCAAUGCUGACGCCCGCGGGCGGGUUCGGCAAGUUCCUUGUCGUGGUGCUGUCCUUCAGUCUGCUGGGCAACCUCUCGGCGACGUCGUACUCGGUCAGCCUGAACCUGCAGCAGCUCUUCGCGCCGCUGACGCGAGGCUCCGAGAUCCUCAAGCGCGUCCCGCGCUACGCCUACACUAUCCUGCUGACGGCGCUCGUCAUCCCCAUCGGCAUUCGCGCCGCGCAGGACUUCUUCAUCAGCCUCGAGAACUUCCUCGGCCUGAUCGGCUACUGGAGCGCCGCGUUUGUGUCUCUGCUCAUGGUCGAGCACCUCUGGUUCCGCGCCGGCGACUGCGCCUCGUACGAUCCGGCCAUAUGGAACGAUGGCGCCCGCCUUCCCAUUGGCGUCGCCGCGCUGGUGUCCUCGGUCCUGAGCUUCCUGUUGGUCGUGCCCUCCAUGUCCCAGGUCUGGUGGACGGGUCCCAUCGCCCAGGUCACUGGGGAUCUGGGGUUUGAGUUUGCCUUUGUGGUGACGGGGCUGCUGUAUGUGCCUUUGAGGACGUUGGAGAAGCAUUUGACGAAGCGUUGA